GGUGUGUUUUCUCCUCUGGGAACCCUUUUUAUUUUCACUUUCGUUUCCUCCUCGCUUUCUUGGGAGACACGAGGAGAGAGAAGCCUGAACUGAGCACAAAGCCUCUCCGAAGGAAAGGCAGCCAACAAGAUUAAGAAUGGCUGGAAUCCAAUCUCGGUUGACUGAAAAGGAGAAGAAAGGACUUCUACAUUUAGUGGGAUGCAAAAUCUUAAGCCUUUUGUAUAAGGGAAGCGUUCAUGGAUACAGUGCAAAUGUGUUUCAUAAUAUCUGCAACCAACAAGGCCCAACUGUAGUUGUAGCAUAUAAUUCAAGUGGUUACAUUUUUGGAGGCUUUACUGCACAAGGUUAUACCUCCUCUGGAGCAAUUGUAGCAGAUGAAAAGGCAUUCCUCUUUAGAUUGAAAGGGAAAGAGGAAGAACUUGUUCCACUCAAAAUCCCAGUCAAAAAUGCCAAUCAGGCUAUAACUGAUAAAGCAGAAUUAGGUCCUUGCUUUGGCUAUGGAGCUGGAUCUCUGGUAUUCCUUUCACAAAAUACUGCUGCAGUAGCUACCAAUGCUGAGCCUGGCUCCUAUGUUUUCCAAGUAGAAGAAUUACAUGGAAAUGACCAGGCCCUUUUAGAAUGUGAAGUAUAUCGAGCCGAAGAUAUUGGUGAAAUGUUGACGAAACCAUGGAGGAAUGUCAACUGGACAUCCGGGGAAAGAAGAGAACUGAUGAGCCAGAUAGCUGCUUACAAGCCUCGUUUGAAUUCAGUACCACAGUUUCGUUUUCUGUUCCUGGGGCCAAUUGGAGCAGGGAAAUCCAGCUUUUUCAAUUCUGUGAAGUCUAUUUUCCGGGGCUAUGUGACAAGUCAGGCCAUAGCAGGAUCUGAUUCUACUAGUGUGACAUUGCAGUACAAGAUCUAUAAUAUUAAUAGUGAGGAAAGUGGAAAACUAUUACCUAUCAAGUUCUGUGAUACUGUGGGAUUAGAAGAUAAGCAAGGAAGUGGACUAUACAUUGAUGAAGUGCCUAAUUUAUUACGAGGGCAUGUUCCCGACAACUAUCAGUUUAAUUCAUCUGCUGCUAUACAGCCUGAUACCCCAGGCUACAUCAAAUCUCCACUUUUGAAGGACCAGAUCCAUUGUGUUAUUUUUGUUAUUGAUGGUUCCAAGAUUGAGAUCCUUUCUGAAAACCUGGGAGGAAAGCUGAGAGAAAUUCGACGGAAAACUAACAAGCUUGGUGUGCAACAACUUGUAAUACUUACCAAAGUGGAUGAAAUUUGCCCUUCUCUUGAAGAAGAUGUUUCAGAUGUAUAUAGGAGCAAAAUAGUUGCAAGAAAGAUGCAGUUAACAGCAGAAAGACUUGGCAUCCCUUUGUGUAAUAUAGUUCCCGUUAAAAAUUAUUCUGUAGAACUGGAACUUAAAGAUGAUGUUGAUAUCCUGAUUCUGAUGGCAGUCAGGCAAAUGCUACGUUUAGCGGAAAGCUACCUAGAUAAUUAUUCUUCAGACACAGAUUCCACAGUGGAUUAUUAUUCAGAAUAUUGAUAGGCUUAUUGAAUGUAGUUUUACUGCUUUUUGUGUUAGAUGUUCAAUUUAAGUUCUCAAGCCAAUCCUGCUUACAAAUGAUUGAAUAGCUGUAUUUGAAAGAUUGAAUGUUUUCCUGAAGAGAUACUUUGUUUAGAGCUCAUCUCUGAGUUUACUUUUUGGAACGGCACUUUCAGAAAAUUGUUAACUUGUAUUUAAGUUUUUAAAAAAUGUGCAGAACUUUUAAUUCUGAUCCGUACUGCUGAUUACAUUUCCUUUUGCUUUUUCACGUGAUUUACUUUUUCAUUAUGUGAAGUUAUAUUGUCUCUAUUGUGAAUCUGAUUUCACUAAAAAUCCAAAAUAAGUAAUGUAAAUAGAAAAGUCAGUUACAAUGUCUGAGUCUUCCUGAGUGAAAUCAAUAUGUAUUUUUAGGCUAUGCACACAUACAUGUGAAACAUUGUGAAAGGCUUCUUUUAGGUGAAAGCAACUAUGUUAAAAUUUAGGUUGAGUAUAAUUUAUCUGAAAUAGUUGGGUUGCAUGUUGCAAGUCCAUGACAUGCAUGUUGCACAAAGUGAAGUCCAUGACAUGUGAGUCUGGAGAAAAGCAAACCACAGACCACCUACUGUUGUGCAGUCUGAGCCCUGCCACAUGCACAAUUGAGGACCUUAGAGCAAUACCAGAGGCACUCCAAGUGGCCAGCUUCUGGUCAAAGGACAUUUAGCAUAAUGCCAAGGUUUUUUUAAAAAUUGUUUUCAAAUCCAUUACAACUUGUAUCCUUGGUUCGCUUCUGACACGAUAAAUAAAUAAAUAUCUGAAAUAGUUGGCAUCAGACGACUUUUGGUUUUUGGAAUACCUAUAUUUGCAUACGUUCGUAUAAUGGGUUUAUCUUGAAGAUGGAACCCAAGUCUAAACACUAAAUUCAUUUAUGACUUAUCUUCUCCACAUUCUGAGAAGGUGAAAAAUGGUAAAUAAAAAUUGCUAUUUUUAAA